CCCAUCUAGAUUUCUUGAUCUCCUGUCUCUAGAAGAUUAUUGCAAGCUCUCGGACAAGGAACUCGCGGGAAAUGCACAGAGAACGAGAUGCAAACUUUUUUUGGAGAUGAACCCUCAAAGGAAACGUUGACCAUCUCCAGUGACGACUUCGCAUCCAAGAUGGCGGAUAGUGGACGCGGAAGCUCAAGCUUCAACAUCCCUAAGCUGAAGAAGAACACGUACAAAGACAACUUACAGCCUCUUGACUUGAAGAACAGGGAUGUGCAGAAUUUGCUCAAAGACCUAAACAAGUGCUGCUUGGACAUUAAUUUCAGCAAAGAAUGGGAAAUGGUUGGAAUUUCUAUGGUGCAUAAUGCAGACAUAGAGGCCCGAUACAGCAAAAAGAGAGCAGAAUUGAAAGAUGAUGGCCGGAGCACCCAGACCCUCAGUGAUCAGCUUGGAUUUUUACACGUACAGUCCUAUGAGAAAUCACGUAUUGCCAAGGAGGGUCUUCAAGUUAAACGUUUGGCUUACAACAAAUUGGGAAAAAGUGACUUGGGAGUCUAUCUCAACCGUUUCUUUGACCUAGAAGUCAGGUCUGCUUGGACCUCUGAAAGCCUUGCGUACAAGGAGAUUUUCAUUUUCAAGUACUUCCCUGGCAAAUGUAAGUCCAUCAACAUUGGCAGCCCAUACAGUGUGUGCACAAACUUGGAACCCACUCCGAACUAUGACUCACACAUCAGUCACAUGGGCCCACAGCACCAGGAGAAUCUGUUCUUACAGCGCGCUCGGUCACGGGUUUACUUGUAUGAGUACACUGAAGAAUGUGAGGCGUCAAAGAGCCCUCGACAUGUGAGACCUUUUGCGAUCAUCAAAGUCAAGCAAAAGAAGGUGGACAAUGUACAGAUUGAUGCUGUUCCCAGGCCACUUUCAGCUCCGCAGAUAGGUGUAUCGACCAAUUUGUCAAAAGCAUAUAGUUCUGUUUCUGAGAAGCCAACAGAGACGAAUGUCCCUCCUUCUCUUUCUUCUACUGUUACAAAGACUCCGUUCACAUCGUCAUCUUUUCCUGAUACACCGGCAAACACAAGAAAUGAGGAGGGUUCUUUAUUUUGGCCCAGGGCAGGGUCAGGGUGUUUGGAACAGUCUAAGCCUCUUCAUCCCUUGAUGAGCUGUCAGCCCGCCGUUCAUGGUUCUUUGCAGUCAGCACCAAGAGAGCCAUUUUGGAGUUGUAGUAACAGCAGGGACCCUAGACUAGCUCCGAUAAAUGCUCCAGCCCCUACUGCAGGUGCCCAAAGACUGGAUCCACGACUCCAGCGACGCCAGUCUUCUUGUCCUGACGGGAGUGGACCAUCACAACCCUCUCAGUCAACGGCCUCAAAAGGGGAGGGUGGGAAAUCUGAAGGGAAAAGAAAGGUUUCUUUAACAGAGUACAAGAUGCUGAAAAGGUCGGAGUCAGAGACAAGUAAAGAACAAAACCUGAGAGAAGCAACCAGAGAUACAACUCAUCAGGCAGCCGCUUCCCAAGUCUCCUCUCAAGGACAUGUGCGGCCACUGUUUCAAUCGUCUCUGUCUGCUCCAGGUUAUGUCAACUUUCCUCUCACCAACUCCUCCGCUAAUAAUUAUCAAAACUUUUCACCAUCUGCUCAAAACCAAAGUCCUCAGCCACAAGCUUUUCCCCCCAGCAGAUUGGCCUCAAACUCUGGACUUAAUUGUGAUUCUGUUAAUCCAAGCACUUACAUCAAUAUGCCAACUUAUCCACCACCUGUAAUGACAACAGGACCACCUCAUCAAGGAAUCGCCCCUGCUGGUCCAACCACAGUGGGUGACAUGGCACAGCCCCCUGGGCAAGGCGUGUUCACCAACAGUGCUGGUGGCUCACCCAAAACCAUGGCGCGCAAGCAAAAGUCUUCCUCUCAAUUGUUGCCUUUGCCAGUUAUCAAUGAGGAUGGAUCAGUGACUAAUGUAUUUCGGGGUAUCGUACGAGGAACUGUCAGAGAGGUGAGACUUCCAGCAGACGUGACCAAGAAACAGCCUAGUGCUGACAAAACGAAACCCACUGCGAACAAGGUUCAGACUAAAGCACUGGAAGGGAAAGUGUCAAAGAACAUUCAGGCUUCUAAUCCAGUCCAGUCUGACUCCCAUGUAGCUCCUUCCCUAGCAGACGUCACCAAUAAGACAUCCAGUGUUGGUAAAACAAAUGUUAUCGAGCAAAAGGCUGACAGUAAAGGACACCAUGAGAAUACUCUUACUAAAAGGGAUGGCACUUGUGCUAAAAUGUUCACAGAUUUUAUUGUUGCCACCUCCGGUGAUAGUCUUGUGACCAAGCCCCUUGAAGGUGUCAGUGAUAGUAAAACAAAGUCUUCAAAGAAGAAGGUGGACAGGGCCAGUGCCAGUGGGUUGGGUUCAUGUAGUAAAGCUGUUGAUGGGGAGAGUAAUGCAAACGGUGAAGGUAAAUUUCAAACCUUUGUGAGAGCUCAGACGAAAACAACAGCUGCGCCAGACGCUCUGAUGGCUGUAGAAUCUGUAGGGAUUGUAACACGUGAAUCUUCUUUGGAGAAUGUUACACGUUCAUCAUCACACCAGCGGUUGUCAGAGAAAAUCUGUGAAAAGAAAGAAACCUGUGAUGAAACUGGUAAUGCUCUUUUAGAUCGGAGAAUUGCGAGUUGUGAUGCCUCUUCCUCCCUGAAUGAUUUUGCCGCUACAAUAAAACAAAAUCGUUCAAUCAUGUCCAGUGUGCUAAAAGAUGUGCAGGAACUUAUUUCUCGACGAGCUAAAGAGGUGGUCAGCGAACUUGAAGAAGUUAAUAACACAUCCCCUGCCCCCAGUACUACUGAUGAGGAAGAUGAAGAAAAUAGUCCAUUUAGAUCAUUAUUCGGGGAUGCUGAAAGUCGUGCAGACAAAGCAACCCACUCUGAACUGGGGCAUGAAGUCGAUGCGAGUGGUACAGUUGUUGACAAGUUUUGGGAUUCUGUUGCUGCCAAGCCACAGUGGCACGGCACCGCUGGGGAUUUGGACUCGCUCCCUGUUCCGUCUAAACCUAAAGUAGUGGCUCCACCCCUCAGGCUAAUCCCUGCUCUGCUAGAAGAAGGCCAGGAGACUGCGGAAAACGAAGAUGAUUCUGUUUGCGUUCGUUCGAGUGAAGCUACAGGAAAAGUCCAAAGAGACAUUUGUGGUCGAGAGACUUCACUGUCGGUUACUGAUAUCAGUCAUUCUAUCAUGGAGAAAAAUGUGGGAGAAUCAAAUGCUGAAGUUCAAGUAGACAGAGAUAUUCAAGUGUGUGCUCAAAGCACUUUAAAUGUUGACAAGACUGUUUCAGAAGCAGAAUGUUCCAAGUCCCAGUCAGAUUCAGUUCUGGUUGCCAGCUCAGGAGCCCAUCCUUCUGGUCUCGACACUCACCAACCGGCCAUGUGGGAAGUUGACCCAGUUCUCUCCAGACUAAAGAAUCUGAAGCCCAGAUGUGAGAAGCCUCUCCCAGCCUCAAAGUCCCUGUCAGAGCUAGGCAUACGUCACUACCUCCUGGCUCUGAGUGACAUGAGGUUCCAGCCUGAGGUUACCGUUGUGGAUUACAGACAGGCUGUACAAGAUGACUUUCACCUGUCGGAGUGUGACAUCUGUGAUAAGCAGCUGGAUAGCGCUGUCCUAGAUUCGGAAGGUGUAACUGAUGACUCCUCUGGUUGUUCUGCAGCAGACAGCUUCAAAGAGUCAUCCACCAUCUCUAAAGACGUAGCACCACAUCACCGUCCUCUGGAUCAUCCUCGUCAUCGAGGGUUUAGUGGCCCUAUUUUGGAUUCACCAGAUCCUUGUCUCCCCAGCGACCCAGCACCGUCCUACCAGCCUGGAAUAGUGGCUGUUGAUGGGGGCUCUGCGAGUUUGUCCUAUCAGACAACUGUACCUCAUGUUGGAGGUCAGUCUGGUACAAGUAUUUCUAGAGUCAAGCCUGUGGAUAUAAUCAGACGAGUUCCUUCCAGGAAAACUGUCACCAUUGUCGAUACGAGCCCUAAAGGCAGGUUGGAGAAGUGUCUGACAACAGUUGUGGGCAAAAUGAAGGAAAUCAAAAGUGUAUAUGAACUGUCCCGAGCCAGUGUUGAGUUUUCUGUUAAUCGCAGAGAUUCAGGAGAAAGCUAUACCAGGGAGAGUAGUAAGCCAGCCUUGAAUGAAAGCUCAAAGUUCAGUGAAGGUACUACGGAAAUGACUGAGCCUUUUGUUGAGGAAUUUGACCCAAAGAUUUAUCCUUCUUAUGAUAAUGAAAAUGGAGACAUGUAUUCUUCAGCUGGAGGAUCAAGGAAAAAAAAGGGUCUCGCUUCACAAAAGAGGUCUUCUUUAUCUUUGAGGCAGAAGAUCCCAUCCAAAGGAGACAAAGUCUGCCAAGAUUUAGAUACUGACAAAACUGUUGACAGGAGUGAGGGACAGACCAGUGUUGUUCUCAAACCCUUUAGUCCACAAAUAUCUACGUUACCUGAAUCAGAAGGAAAACACUUAAAAGCCCAAGAGAAAAUACAUGACAAGGAUGUUGAAACAAAAACACUUGUGGCUUCGAGGAGGAAGAAGGACAACAGCCUCCUUUCGCUGGUUAAUAGAAAGAAAGUAUGCAGUGAUGCCUCAAAGUUUUACACAAACAGAAGCAAAUCUCCCGCCAGAGUGGAGAACAAACUCUUAAGUAGUCCUGUAAAGAAGGCUCUGAAGGGUAAAGUAUGUCGUCAAGGACAUAAAACACAUGGAUCUGAGCUGCAAAAGGGCAAUUCUCCACUUAAGGUGUCAUCUUUAGUCAAAAAGUUUUCCGCAUCCCAGGUCAAAACUUGCAGUAGGAGAAUACUGAGUGCCCCACUGUUAAACAACUCUGCUCGUUUAUCGUCCGAACAUAAAUCCAAAACUGAUUCUAGCUCUCAAAUCCAGAGUGCGAAGUCAUCAAAAUUGGACAAACCAGUUGUUGCUCAAACUAGUUCAGCUCAAAGAGAUUUUUGUAAAACAAGUUUGGUACGGAAAGAGUUGAUGAGGAGAAGUGUCUAUAAGAAGAGAGCUGUUGUCAAAUCUAAUGUUGCUGAGAAAUCAAAAGGAGCAGCAUUGCCUGCUGCUAUUGACAUCAGUAGAAAAUCUGCCGUACCACUGGGCCGGCCUAAAGUAAAAAGUAUCAGUCAAAGUGUGUUGCUCGAGUUAAAGAAGAAGAAAAUGCUGAACGAGCAAACGUCUGUAUUAUCCGAGAGAGUUGAAAACAUAGUGGGCGCCGGCACAAAUAGUGACAAAACUAACUCUGUUUCUGAAACACGAUUUGCACAUUUGCAAGAGAAUUGCGAGUCUGAAAUGAGAUCUCCAAAUCUUUCUGUGCCUGUCAGUGGAGAUUCUCACAAAGAAGCACCAGCUUCUGUCUCAAGAUGUGCGAUUUCAUCCGCUGAAAGUUCGAAAAUCAAUAGAAAUGUCACAGAUAUAUUGGAAAUUGAGAAAAAUAUCCAUAAUCCUUUGGAAAUUGAUAAAUCCAAAAUUAACAGAAGUUCUAGUGGUUUUUCAGAAGUCAGCAAAAAUGUCAGCAAUACGUCAGAAAUCAAUAAAGACACACAAGGUGGUGACCCAACUCUUGAAAUUGGGAACUGGUUCAAACCUGACGAAGUCCCAGUGGGCCCACAGAAAAAGAAUGACAAGUCAGCCGUUGCAAAAGGCAUUUCUGUGUUGGAGCCUCUGGCUAAGACAGCGGUUGAGUCCUAUACUGGUCAGAAGGCUGCACAACAGACAGAGAUACACGCCACAAUAUCUACGAUGUCUCUGAAACCUGUCUUGGGUAAACCUCAACUUGCUAUGAUGCCCCGUUCUCUUGCUCUGACCAAGAAAAGUAAUCCUCUAAAGCUACAGAGAAAUCCAGAGAUCUCCUCAGGGGAACCAUCCACUAUAGAUGAUCCUCAGCCUCUCAUAUCUCUCAGACUGACUGCAGAAUCUCAGAAACAUCCGGAUGAGUCCAAAAGAAGAUCUGAAGACUCUGGGAAUGAUGUACUGCCACCCAGUAAAUGGAGACCAUUAUGCGCCACAGGUCAGGAUGGUGAAAAGAAUGAUGACAAUCAGCCUCAGUCGUCCAUACUGGGUCAGCAUCAAAACUUGCUCGGCAGCAAAGCAUUAUUGAUUAGGAAAAGGGGUCCACUUCUUCCGACCCCCACAUCUGAGCAGGCCCGAACCACCACAACCUCCACACACCUCCAGACACAGUCAUCAAGGGAACAUAUUGUUGCUGACAAACCCAAAAAGGAUGAAAGUGUUUUUGCUUCUUCCAGGUGGGUGGCUCCUGCUUUGUCCCAUGGUGCUCGCUCAGACCUAGAGUCAACAGGUGCUCAGGAGAUUGUCAGUAACUCCAGCCAACUAUCAUUGUGUGAUUCUGUAACAGAUAACGGACCACCUGAUUCAUCAACAAAGGUUCCCCAAAGGAAAUCGCAGGAUGAGAAAGUAUUGUUUGUGAGAAACAAGGUUCCAUUGCUACCACACUCGGAGUCAUGUCAAAAUCCUGCUUUCCAAACUGCACCAUUCUACCAGGAACAGUCUUCUGUUGAAAACAUCGGUAGCUCAGGUAAAACGUUUAGUGAUUCCACAAAUGAAAACCUUCAUCGACUGGAUGGCGAGAUCUGGUUACAUCCAGAUCACAACCCUCGGUCCACUUUCGAGGAUAGUUAUCAGGAUUUUGAGCUGCCCUUUGGAGAUGUGGACUAUCGACGUGGGCCCGCAAUGCAACAAAGUCAGUUGGGUAGAGAUGACUCCCGUCAGUUUCGGAAUCCUGAUUUCCAAGCCCCGGUGCUAGAAAAGAUUCAGUCUGAAUUCCUGCCCGAUGAAUUAAAUCGAAACGGUAAAUCCAAGCAUUUUUGCCCAAAGGAUGGAAGUCUUUAUACUUCUUCAAGGUGGGGAGGUCCUGCCAUGCCCCGUGAUACUCCUACUACAGUAACCCCUGAAGAUGAGAUGUAUUUUACAAAUCCAGAACACAAUCCUCAGGAUGAAGAUUUGAGACUAGAGAUGCAAAGUUCUUUCAGAAAUCAAGGAACCGUUGUUAGAAAUGUGUGGCAAACUUGGAUGUUGCAAACUCACAAAAACCAUGAAAGCCUUUCUGGCAGUGCUGAAACCGUGGUGUCUUUCCCUGAAAAAGACCUUUUAAACAGUAAGGAUCAGACUGCCAAGAGUCUAUCGUGUAGUCACCCUGAAUCUGCAAAAGCUGGAGAAGGCUCCGAGAGGCUACCUGCCCAGACCUCUGAUUCUUCGCUGAAGGAAGCUGAGGAGCACCCAUCUAUUCUCUCUCCUUCCAAAGUGAUCCUUGAUGUGAGUGGUACAGACAGUGCUGUGCACCAUCAGCAGAAGUGCAUUGACAUACUCAAUGCAUUGAAAGCGGGGGAAGGUCAGACUCCACAGAGAGCAAAAGAUGACUUCGCUUACAGCAGCGAUGAGGAGGACAAACCCAGCGGCCCUGGGCCUUUUUCUGUACCUGAAUGUCAAACAGAUGUUGUCUCGAAACAGAAGGCUCUUCAGUAUUCAUUAGCUAGUACAAAUAUGACAUUUGAAUCCAUUUCAAAUGCAAUACAAAAAGCAUCUGCCACCCCUAAGCUUAGAGCUGCUGAUAACCCACAUGUCCUCAGUGCUGUAAAAGGCGCUCUUCAAACACUGAAGGAGUUGAAUGUUAUUGACUCAUCUAUUCCUGGGUUAGUAAAAUCUUCACCCACGGCAGUGUCGGGCCACAGCAAUCAGGGUCAGGGCCCAUCUAGUGUUGUUGCUCCUGAUUUCGAAAGCUCAGAAAAACCAUUGCCAACGACAACAGAUUUGAAUUUUGAUCAUCUCGAUAAAUUAUUGAAAUACGUGAAGGAAAAUGACAUUUUGAAAAGAGUGAGGGAGGUGUCAAAAGAAGAGUCAGAGCAAAAGGAGUGCACAGAGAAAAAUGCUGCUGCUUUGAGGAAUAUCAGUGAGGCUUCAACGCAAGAUUCGAAGCGAGAGAAAUUUGCUGAGCUUGGUUCCCAUUAUGACAAAGCACGUUCUUCCGUAGACCCUAGUGGAGAGUUUACUGGUGUGUGCCUUGCUCAAUCUGAGUGUCGAGAUCUGGGAGAGAGAUCAUUGACCCCACAGAAAAGCCUUACGAUAUCCAAGGAGAAUCUGGGCUCAAGAAAAUCAUCCCUCCUUGAACAAAACUCACCUUUUGAGAUUUUGAAACCAUUGUUUUUUUCUUCAGAGACAAAUAUCAGAGAUGAUGAACUGAAGGCGUCUGAAGAAAAGCCUCAAGAGGACACAGAGACACCAAAGUAUAAGACAGGCAAAGGUCCUAUUUUAAAAGACAAUGAGGAGAAAGGGAAGUCUCAUUCUAGGCAGGCAUUGUCCAAAGAUCUAUUUCCCAGUGAAGGGACAGUUUGUUCUGAGGAGACUGUGGUCAGAAAAGCUUCAGAGUCCAAAAUUGACAGAAAUACUCGUGUCAGUGCUAACCGUGUGCCUCACAAAGACAACAACACUCAUCUGACAGGGAGAGACGAUGACAGUGAAGACUGCACAACCAGGUUGGGUUCCCAGAGUAAUAGAUCCUUAUCACGACACUCUCGAUCGCAGACCCCUUGCUUUGACGAAAGCUCUAACCUUUCGCGGAUUUCGUCCACUAGUGCAAAAAUUCAACCAUCUACACGAUCAAAAUCUCCCGUGGAUGAAAGACGUUCCCCUUCAAGGUGCAUUUCGCAUAGGAAUCCAAGUCCUUCUGAAAGGUCCAAAUCUCCAGGUAGUAAAAGAAGGUUUCAUUCAAAGUCUACGGAUGAUAACAUUUCGCCUUCAAGAUCCAAAUUUCUUGAAAGCGAAGGACGCUUUCCUGUUAGGUCUCUGUCACACAGGGAUGGAAGACGCUCUCCUGUGAGGUCUAUAUCACACAGGGAUGAUGAAAGACGCUCUCCUGCAAGGACCAGGUCUCCUUGGGUUGCUGCAAGAAGGUCACCACAUAGAAGAAGCUGGGAUAGCUACUCUAGAUCACCGUCUCCCUACAGGCCACGAUAUUCCAGGUCCAAGUCUCCUCCACUAAGGGGAAAAUCUUCUCUGUCACCCGCGAGGAGAAGGAAUCGGAGGUCGUCAUCCCGUGGCCGUGUGAGGUCACGAUCGCGAUCACCUACACGCAGAACACGUCAUCGAAUUUCCAGAUCAAGAUCUCGUUCAAGCACUCGCAGAGUUGGUUAUUCAAAUUCUAGACGUAGGUCUCGAUCGCUCACUCGCAGAACUCGUUAUACGUAUUCCAGAUCUAGGUCAAGGUCUCCCCCUUACCGCGAGAGAGUUCGCUCGAAAUCGCCCUUUAAUGCUCAAUCAGGGCAAAUGCGGUCGUCGACCUCAUUCAACAGGACAGCCAGAGUCGACAGUGCUCGUAGAUCUCCCCUCUCCAUGUUCGGAUCUCCCUUGUUAAGUUCGAAAGGCUCUCAGUCGCUCAUGUCACGUGAACAGGCUGGGAAGGAUGACAAAAAUCGGGACAGUGACCCUUAUUUUUGGUUCACAGACACAAUUUCUUCAGAGAAACGUCACGGUUAUGUGCAAAGAGAUUCGAAAGCAAACAGUUAUGAGGACCCUGUGUUCAGAGUAGAUGAGCCAUUCAAGGGCAGGAGACCAAGUUCGUUAUCCAGGUCAAGGUCAGGAUCGCAGGAAAAGGAUUGCUUUCCCACCAGGCAAAAUAUCUCUGUUAGUGUCAGAAAUACAGUUGUUCCCGGAGGUUCUAAUUUGCCUCUGGAACCUGAGCAAGGAAAACUUUUCAUGGGUGAUGGAAGAGCAGGAACUUCUGCCUACAGGGAUGAGAAAGAUGAUAGCAAAGUGAAAAGAUCCUCCAAAGGUGGAGAUCAGGACAGUCAAAACUCUAGAAUCUUUAUCAAAGGACAGAAAAAAUGCUCUUUUGAUGAUAGAGACAGAGAAGAUAAAAGAACAGCAACAGUCCAUGACAAACAUGGCAGCAUGUCAAAAAGGCCCUUCAAAGAUAAAAAAAAGGAUGGUGGAGACACGAGAAUUGUGGUCAGAGCUGAUGAUAUGGGCAAUGACAGAACAAUGCUCACGAUAAAACGUUCUGUUUCGAAAGGCGAAGCAAACAAUAGAACACAAUGCAGUUCCUUAUCUCAAACAGAUAGUAACAUUCACCACACUGUUCGUGAAACGGAUAAAAGGACAAGUGACACAGACAAAGCGGAGCAUAUGUCACUGCCAACUAAACGAAUGUUCAAUUCAAACGCUGAGCCGAAAAUUGCAUUUUUAAGUGUUUCAAAGGACGCUGAAAGGAAUGCCAUGGGAGAAGAACAAAAGGAAGAGAAAGGACUUAGUGCUAGUGAAGACACUGAGAACGAGGCUGUGACGGAGAUCUUGACCAGUGCCCCCAUUGAUGUACUCUCUCACGCCAGACUAAAGAUUCUUAAUGAGAUCAAGCUUCUCAGCAGCCUAGAUGAAGACGCGAUUGCCUUGCUAGAAGCAGAGAUCGUGCCCUCGGGAAAUAGUGACGAGACAAAGGAUCAGGCUGAAGAUGCCGAAGGCAGCGCUGAGAAAGAUUUGGUUGCUGAUGAGAGAAUAGGAGAGGAAGACUCUGGUUUGCCAGAAGAGAAGAAUGCUGCUGGAGAUCAUUGUGAAGACAAAGUGAAAGAAAAAAAUGUAUCCCUGGAAACUGCAAAGAAAGAGGAGGAUUGUGAUAAAGAUGACAACGAGAGAAAUAAAAGGAAAGUUGAAAGAAAGGAUUUUUCAGGGGAGGUUAUUGAUAGAAGUCAUGAAAAUGCCUAUGAGAGGAAAGGUGGUCCAAAAGGAAAAGAAGAAAUUUUGGUGAUAUCUGACAGUGAUGAUGACCAUCCAUUGUACUGGGAUGAGAAGAAGAAAUCUCGAUUUUACAAGAGGAAGUAUUGCUCAUCAGUAGAAGCAGAGUCUUUAGAAGAAGGAGAAGUAGUGGAGGAAGUCACCAGCACAAUAGGUAAGAAGCGAAAGCUUGUUGACAGAGUUGUUGAGGUUUGCACAGUUGAAGAGAAGGAGGGAGAGAAUACCCCUUCUCUAGAGCGUAAGGAAGAGGAACAAAAGGGCAAGAUAACAGAAAUAAAAAGUUCACAAAAGAGCAGCCAACAUGGUCUCAGAAAAAAUGUUCUGAAUCGACUGCAAAGUUUGAAGGACUCUAGCCUACUGCACUCUCCUCAUGACCUGUCAUCUGUGAGUGACGGGGAGAUUAGUUCAGAGCGAGAGAUGGCUGUAAGUCCCCCAUCUGCUCCUUGCUAUGGGAAAUGGUCACCUAUCAGUGACACAGAAGAUCCUGACUCCUCUUCAAAAAGCACUGAAACCAAUCAGCCGAACGACAGGAGAAAGAACUUUGUGUUACCAAAUGAAGAGAAGAUAAUAAUUGGUAUAAAGAAUUCUCCAGAGGAUUCUCUGAAAGGAGCAGAUGACAGUGGGGUGGACACUCGGGUCAUCAGAAUGGACUAUAGUUCUGAAAAUGACUGCAUCUUUGUUGGAGAAGAAAGAUUUCAGGAUUCAAUUACUUUUAGGAACAGAAAGAGAACAAACUGUGAUGUGCACUCUCUUGACGUCUACAAUUUAACAACCGAAGAAGAAGACAACCAAACUUGUACGGAAGAAGUUCAAAUCCGAAAAAGAGCAGAAGAAAAGUUAGACAGUAGGGGAAAGAAAAUGGACUUUGCAACUUCACCAGUCUUUGAGAGCGAACGUGAUAAAGGGGCCGCUGAAAGGUCUCUCAAAACAAGCAGAGGGGCCAAAACUAUAAAUGAGAAACGAGAAUCUUUGAGAAAAUUACCAAGAGAUAGAGAAGAAACAAAACCAUACAGUGAAAGAGGUAGAGACACUAGGAGGGAUGCUGACGAGAUAGCUAGGCGUUACCGGAAUAGAUCCCCUGUUCACAGGACAGCUGAUCCAUUUUCUAGUAGCGAGAACAGGGGUUUGGCAGAGAGAAGUUACUUGUCAUCAAGAAGUAGGAAAGGAGAUUCCUAUGAGAGGGAACAUCGAGACAGAUCCCUUUUUCAUAGGACAGAGCUUACUGAAAGAGCUAAACACUUGGAGAGAAGCUCUAGAAGUGGGUGCAGUAGGAGACACAAGGAUCCUCACUCCCCUUCAAGAACUCACGGGCACUACCCCAAAAGUUGUGAAAGUUACCAGAGCUCACGGUCAAGCAGACACCCAAGGCCCAGUUCACCCUCAACCUCCGGUAGUCGGGAUAGCCGCGGCUCUUCGCCUCAUAGACAUAAUCCGGCUAGUUCUCCAUCAGUCAGGACUGGCUUGCAGGACUCUUUUUGGAGACAAAAGAGUUCUAAUUCACCUUCUGGUAAAGAUAAAGAUUCAAAUCAUACUAAUUCAGGAGAAAGCGAGAAGACUGGUAGUCAAAAUGACCAGAGGUUGAAGAGUCUGACUGCCUUCAAUUCUGUCUCUGAAACAGAGAGGCAGGAGAGGCGUCAACUUGAAGGAGCUGGGGAAUAUUCCAAAGGUGCCUCUUCAUCUGCAAAAAUUUACAACGAUGUCCAAGGCCAGAGCAGUCGUGAUGAAGCCCCUGGAGAGGAUGUCACCAGAGCCACCGAUCACAAGCAGAAAGUUCAGGGAGUGUCUGAAUCUUCACCAAGCACCAAGAAAACAGGUCAAAUGUGGUCACAGCUGUUGACUUCAAUUCCGAAAAGAGUGCAAAGUCACACCAACCGUGGUGAAAGCUCGGUGGAUAGUAUCACUAAUGCCUCUCAUUUUAUUUGGCCGUCAUGCGGCCGGUUGCAGAGCUCCUUUCCUUCAGCCUCAGGACCACCGGUCCAUGACAGAGAAAGCCCUUCGAAAGCUCAUUACCUUGACUUUGACGAUGCUGACCUGUUGGAAACUGGGAAUUCAGGCACCGGAAAAGUAAGCAUGUUUGAAAAAGUGUUGAAAGAGCAUAGACGGGACCGGAAACAGACCAUGAAAACUGAGGAUGUAACUGUCCACAAUUUUUUGGUGUCGCUGUUGGGUGUGAAUUGUGAAAUCUUCUCCCACCUCCUGGGCUGGCCCCUGGACACCGAGCUGGGCAGCCGUGCCGUCUCCGCCAGCACCAUGAACCAGCUGGUGGCUCUGACAACAGAAUGUGCCUUUACUGCUCUCAAACUUGACCUGAGUUUCAUCGACCCAAGCUUCGGCCUAGACGAUGUCUGCUUUGGGAACCCGGCCAAGUUGAAAAUGCUGAGGGAAUUCUCAGACCGACAAAUUGUGACUGAAGUACAGAUUCUUGAGCACUGUCAAGAAAAUUUUGAUAUUGAGGUGGGUGUAAAUGAGGGUCGACGUUCCCGUGAAUUCAAACUAGAGUCCCUGCAGCUUGUUGUGACAGCCCUUAAUGAUUUGCGCAGAUAUUCUGACUUUGGUGAGCCACAUUGUCGCGUGCCUGGGGCUCUACUGCUGAAAUCAGAACGGCGGUCGUGGUUCUCAGUUGGCAACUGCUUCCUCAUCAUGCUCUUGCCGAUGUCCCAAGAACUUUUCAGUCGCCUCCUCAGUUUGAAGCAUUCCAUAGAGAAGCUUGGGCCUGAGAAUACCUCUGGUGAGACUGAAGAGAUGAGGACCAAGCUAAUCUCUGAGCGAGCUAGACUCUUGAAGACCAAUACUGGUAGUCAGAAUGUUGGAAGAGAAAGGAAGCUGAGGGAUGAGCUGGCCUGCUUCAGGGAGUGCAGGAGGUAUCUACGCCAUGUCAUCGGGAACGCAGCCGUAGAGAACAUGACCGUGUUCAACACUUACUUGGACCGGAUUGCUUGGCAUAUACAGCUCAUGCAAAUGGAUUUAUGAUGUUACAGGUGAUACUGAUACUGUGUGAGCGUUGCUUGAAUCUUGUCUUUAAUCAUCCCCCCCCCCCCUUUUCUUGCUGUUGUAGGGGU